AUGUCGUAUUUUGCAGAGCUGACUCAAUAUGAGGAUAAUAAGGAUUUAUCUCCAGUCUCAUCAUUAGGUUCUUCGCCUAGCAGCGGGACAAAAACAAACCCCAACAAUUCACAAGACGGCAGAAAUGGUAAAGGAAACGGGAAUAAACAAAAGCAAGGAAGAAGAGCAGCUAGGGCAUGUAAGAGUUGCCAUAGUUUAAAGGUGAAAUGUACGCCUGCUGAUGAAAAUAACCCAAACGGACCAUGCAAGCGAUGCAUCAACUCGAAGAGAAAGUGUGAAAUUGAUCCCAACCAAACAAGAAAGAGAAGAAAGAAGGCUGAAAUACAGGAAAGUAAUAAUAAUUUGGUGAGUGCAAUGCAGGAAGAAACUAUUACGAAGUUGCAGGAUGAAGUUAAUUCGUUAAAGCAACAAUUGGGACAAACACCAGAUAUAAACAAAGAAGCAGGGGUUCCACUGACACCAACUCCAGUUGCUUUCUUGGAGAAAGAAUUGACGGCCCUUCGUGAUUUCAGUACAUCCAAGUUGCGUCUGUUGACUAACAGUUUGAAAGAUACGGCUAACCGCAGAGAUUCGUUGUUACGGGAAGUCGAGUCUAUUGAUAUUAUCAAAACAGGGUUGAUUACAAUAGAAGAAGCUAGAGAGCGUUUAGAUUUAUACAAGACGAAGUUAAAUGUACCAUAUUCUCUUGUGGAUCUUCCUGUUGAUUCUACUGUCGAGGAAUUAUCUGCAAAUCUGCCAUAUUUGUUUCUUGCUAUAAUGUCAGUGACAAAUACUGUUUAUACUAAGCCAAUUGAUAAAAAUAUUGCGUUAUCAAUAGACAAUGCAGCCAUGCGAGCUAUAGUAUUGGAAGUGUUAGUAGCUGGUUCGAAGUCAGUCGAAUUAAUUAAAACUUUAUUGUUGCUAUGCUUAUGGUAUAAUACUCCUGAAUUAUUCAAAAAUCGUCGUAAUCAUUUAUUAAACACUCUUUCAGUUUCUUUGUUGCAUGAUCUUGGAAUUGUUGGACGUCCACUGACUGAUUCUGAGGAUGAUGAUAAUACGGCAAUAAUUGUAAACAACGAGUACCAUGCAAAGUCCGACUAUCAGCGUCUAAUUAUGACUUUAUAUUUCUCUACUGUUUGUAUCUGUUUAACAUUGCGCAGACGGAUAUAUGUUAAGUGGACACCGCUUGUUGAAGAAUGUUGUUCGGCUCUAGAGAAAAGUCAAGACGCGGGAGAUUUCAAAAUUGCGUUAUUUCUGAGGUUAAGUAACCAGUUAGAGAAGAUUUACAUUCUUGUUCAUCUGGCAGACUUUUCUGAUAGAAAGCCAUCAUUUUCAAAAUACAUUGUUAGAGAUGUGCAAAAUAAAUUAAAUAUUAUUAAAGCCAAAAUUGCGAAAGACGAGCAUGCUUUCUUAGGUUAUUAUUAUACUGUUGAAGCUUAUCUUUACGAACCUAUAUUUGGUCAAAUAAUACCUGGCGACGUACAAGAUUUAUCAGAUUUUGCCUUGCAAAUUGAUUCAGUGAAGAACAUUAACCUUUGCACAACAUCUUGUUUGAAGGCUUUAGAUGAGUUCAAUAAGAUGAGUACUGAUGAUGUUGCUACUCUUCCAUUAUUUUACGCGUCAAGAAUCAUAUACGUCGUUGGUAUAUUACUAAAACUAAGAUAUUUGGUUAUAUCAUUGCCUUCACUUCAAGAUGACUUAGUUCCCCAAAGCCUAAUUUUUACUAUUCAAACUUUAACGAAUCUAUUUGAUCAAUCAUCCACUUUGCAUCCCGUGAAUCAUAUAUUAAAGAAAACUAGGCUUGUACUACAACUUUUCAUUCAAGCAUAUGCAAGUCAAAUUCAGGACUUAUAUAGAAAACAAACAGAUAAAGCACAAAAUUCUAAGACUGAUAUUGAAAGGUUGAGUAAAAUAUUCAAGAGGAAUGGUUCAGGCCAUAUUCUUAAUGCAGAGUCUAAUGAUGCUUAUCAAUCACAGGUUCCAUUGGAUAUCUUAUCAUACGCAGCAUCAUUUAGAAAAGGAUUUCCUAGUGGACAGGAUAUUCCAGAUCAUCGUCUUAGCCAGUCUGUACCAUCACAAGCUCAAGAACAGUCGAUAUCUAAUCCGAUCCCACAUACAUAUAGCUCUAGUGAUUUGAACCCAAGUGGUAGAAUGAACAAUGUGAACGCUGAAUACAAUCAGCAUAUAAAUGCUAACCCAGUCCCUCAUGCUGUGAAUAAUUUGGGCUCUCUUCUUAAUGACAAUUCAAUACGAAAUAACCCUGGAUUCAAUCAGGCAACUAAUAAUAUGGAUAUUGAUAAUACUACUUCUAAUGACACAAAUAUUAACAAUACAUCAUCUGGGAUGGUAAAUCUGGAUCAAUUGGAGAAUUUUUACGAUGAAUUUUGGUCUGACUUGAUUAAUACAGAUUCAGAUAAAUUUAAUCUUGGAAAUUAUUCAAACAACGUUGCUCCUCUCUAUGAUGAGGUAUUUUUCAUGCCUUAA